UACCUUGGAUUGCGGCUCCAAGGAGGGACCGCGAGGUGCACUUGGCCAUCCUCCUGGUCCAGCCCUGCCACUGGGAGGGCCCAUAGGCACCGCGCCGAGUUCCCGGCCCUUCCCAUCGGGCUCUCUAGGAGCCUGCAAAAACUAGCUUUGCAAACUCGCCGGGUGAACAGUCGGAACUCUAACGCCGGCUGUCUGCAUACCACAAGGACUCCCGGGAUGGCCACCCGCGCGCGCAGGACAGCCGAGUUCUCCAGUUUCCAGCCGAUACUCGCACAGUCGCCCAGGCUACUGCUGCUUCUGCUCCUGUCACUGGUAAGCCGAGUCUCCACACAGGCUGAAGCCCCCGGCGCAGCACUUCUGUCCCUGGGUCUCUCCGGGACUUCGGGGGUCCCUACAGAGGAAGCUAUAGUGGUGGCGAACCACGGGCUCCGUGUUCCCUUUGGUCGUGAAGUCUGGCUGGAUCCGUUGCGUGACCUGGUGCUGCAGGUGCAGCCAGGAGAUCGCUGCACAGUGACCGUGCUAGACAACGACGCGCUGGCCCAGAGGCCGGGCCGCUUGAGUCCCAAGCGUUUUGCGUGCGACUAUGGCCCGGGUGAGGUGCGCUACUCGCACCUGGGUGCUCGCAGCCCUUCCCGCGACCGUGUCCGGUUGCAGCUGCGCUACGAUGCUCCGGGAGGGGCGCUAGUCCUGCCACUGGCACUAGAGGUGGAAGUGGUCUUCACCCAGCUGGAGGUUGUGACUCGGAAUUUACCUCUGGUCGUGGAAGAACUGCUAGGGACCAGCAAUGCUUUGGACGCUCGGAGCUUAGAGUUCGCCUACCAGCCUGAGACCGAGGAGUGCCGCGUGGGCAUCUUGCCAGGUUUGAGCGCUUUGCCUCGUUAUGGAGAACUCCUUCACUACCCACAGGUCCAGGGAGGGGCCUCCGAGACCCUUUUGAUGGACUGCAAAGCAUUCCAGGAGCUGGGAGUGCGCUACCGCCACACAGCCCCCAGUCGCUCACCCAACAGGGACUGGCUGCCUAUGGUGGUAGAGCUACAUUCGCGGGUGGCUCCAGUGGGCAGCCCGCCUUUAAAACGUGAGCACUUCCAGGUGCUUGUGAGGAUCCGCGGAGGCGCGGAGAACACUGCACCCAAGCCCAGUUUCGUGGCCAUGAUGAUGAUGGAGGUGGACCAGUUUGUACUGACUGCUCUCACUCCAGACAUGCUGGCAGCAGAGGAUGCAGAAUCCGACCCAGACCUUUUGAUUUUCAACCUCACCUCUGCUUUCCAGCCUGGGCAGGGCUAUUUGGUGAGCACUGAUGACAGAAGCCUGCCUCUCUCCUCCUUUACACAGCGGGAUUUGCGCUUGCUGAAGAUUGCCUACCAGCCUCCCUCUGAAGACUCCGAUCAGGAGCGCCUGUUUGAACUAGAGCUGGAGGUAGUGGAUCCUGAAGGAGCAGCUUCAGACCCUUUCGCCUUCAUGGUGGUGGUGAAACCCAUGAAUACACUGGCUCCAGUGGUCACACGGAACACUGGCCUUAUUCUCUACGAGGGUCAAUAUCGGCCGCUCACGGGUCCUGUAGGCAGUGGACCUCAGAACUUGGUCAUCAGUGAUGAAGAUGACCUAGAAGCUGUGAGACUGGAGGUGGUGGCUGGGCUCCGGCACGGCCACCUUGUUAUUCUGGGUUCUCCCAGUAGUGACUCUGCUCCCAAGACCUUCACGGUGGCUGAGCUGGCAGCUGGCCAGGUUGUCUACCAGCACGAUGACAGAGACGGUUCCCUGAGUGACAACUUGGUGCUGCGCAUGUCAGAUGGAGGAGGCAGGCACCAGGUCCAGUUCCUGUUCCCUAUCACUUUAGUGCCUGUGGAUGACCAGCCACCGGUCCUGAACGCCAACACGGGGCUGGCAGUGGCCGAGGGUGAAACGGUGCCCAUCCCGCCCUUGACUCUGAGUGCGACCGAUAUAGAUUCAGAUGACUCUCAGCUGCUUUUUGUACUGGUGCCACCCUUCUCAAGUUCGGGACACCUGCUUCUCCGCCAAAGGCAUGUUCCCCGGGAAGAGCAGGGUCUGUGGCAGAAACAAGGCUCAUUUUACGAGCGAAUGGUGACAGAGUGGCGGCAGCAGGAUAUCACAGAGGGGAAACUCUUCUAUAGGCACUCGGGGCCCCACAGCCCUGGGCCAAUGAUGGACCAGUUCAUGUUUAGAGUCCAAGACAAUCACGAUCCCCCUAAUCAGUCUGGGAUCCAGAGGUUCGUAAUACGCAUUCAUCCCGUCGACCGUCUCCCUCCAGAACUGGGAAGUGGCUGUCCCCUUCGGAUGGUGGUACAGGAAUCCCAGCUCACACCACUGCGGAAAAGGUGGCUGCACUACACUGACCAGGACACAGAUGACCGAGAGCUGCAGUACACAGUGACCCAGCCCCCUACGGACACAGACGAGAACCACCUGCCGGCUCCACUGGGCACUCUGGUCUUCACUGAUAAUCCCUCGGUUGUGGUGACCCAUUUUACCCAAGCCCAGGUCAAUCAUCAUAAAAUCGCUUACAGGCCCCCAGGGCAGGAGCUGGGAGUAGCGGCCCGAGUGGCUCAGUUUCAGUUCCAAGUAGAAGAUCAAGCCGGGAACGUGGCUCCAGGCACCUUCACCCUUUACCUGCAGCCUGUGGAUAACCAGCCCCCCGAGAUUGUCAACACCGGCUUCACCGUUGAGGAGAAGGGCCAUCACAUCCUGCGUGAGACGGAGCUACAUGUGAAUGACGUUGACACGGACGCGGCCCACAUCUCGUUCACUCUCACACAGGCCCCCAAACACGGCCACAUGCGGAUUUCUGGACGGCCACUGCAUGUAGGAGGACACUUCUAUUUGGAGGACAUAAAGCAUGGCAGAAUUUCCUAUUGGAAUAGCGGGGACGAAUCUGUGACUGACAGCUGCUCCCUGGAGGUCAGCGACAGACACCACGUGGUGCCAAUCACUCUCAGAGUGAAUGUGCGGCCAGUGGACCGUGAAGGUCCUAUGUCAGUCCUUCCUGCUGGUACCCUGGAGUCCUAUCUAGAUGUCUUAGAGAACGGAGCUACCGAAGUCACUGCCAAUAUCAUUAAAGGGGCCUAUCAGGAUACCGAUGAUUUGAUGUUGACCUUCCUGUUGGAAGGUGCACCCUUAUAUGGAGAAAUCCUGGUCAAUGGAGCUCCAGCUGAGCAGUUCACCCAGAGAGACAUCCUGGAGGGCUCUGUUGUCUACGCUCACACCAGUGGUGAGAUUGGCCUGUUGCCCAAAGCAGACUCGUUUAACCUGAGUCUGUCAGCUGUGUCUCAAGAAUGGAGAAUCGGUAGCAGUAUUAUCCAAGGUGUUACGGUGUGGGUGACCAUCCUCCCUGUGGACAGCCAAGCCCCUGAAAUUUCUGUUGGCAAGCAGUUUGUCGUGCUGGAAGGUGACAAGAGCAUGAUAAGCCUGACUCACCUAAGUGCUGAGGACAUGGACUCCCUGAUGGAUGACCUCUUGUGCACAAUAGUCAUUCAGCCAACCUCGGGCUAUGUAGAGAACAUUUCUCCAGCACCAGGCUCAGAGAAAUCAAGAGCUGGGAUUGCCAUAAGUGCCUUCACGAUGAAGGAUCUCAGGCAAGGACACAUUAACUAUGUCCAGAGUGUCCACAGAGGAGUGGAACCCGUCGAAGAUCGCUUUAUAGUCCGUUGUUCCGAUGGCAUUAACUUUUCCGAGAGACAGAUUUUCCCCAUUGUCAUCAUUCCUACCAAUGACGAGCAGCCAGAACUGUUCUUGAGGGAAUUCAUGGUGAUGGAAGGCAUGAGUCUGGUGGUGGACACGCCCAUCCUCAACGCUGCAGAUGCUGACAUUCCCCGGGAUGAUCUAACGUUCACCGUUACCCGGUUUCCGACUCACGGUCACAUCAUGAACCAGCUGAUCAAUGGUACAGUGUUGGUUGAAAGCUUCACCCUGGACCAGAUUAUAGAGAGUUCCAGCAUUAUUUAUGAGCACGAUGACUCUGAGACCCAAGAGGACAGUUUUGUGAUUAAGCUGACAGAUGGCAAGCACUCUGUGGAGAAGACGGUCCUCAUCAUGGUCAUCCCCGUUGAUGACGAGACACCGAGAAUGACCAUCAAUAAUGGGCUAGAAAUAGAAAUUGGGGAAACCAAAGUUAUCAACAACAAAGUCUUAAUGGCCACCGAUUUAGACUCUGAUGACAAAUCGCUGGUUUAUAUUAUUCGUUAUGGACCAGGUCAUGGUUUGUUACAGAGACGAAAGCCUCUAGGUGUCUUUGAAAAUAUCACACUAGGCAUGAAUUUUACCCAGGACGAAGUGGACAGGAACUUGAUUCAAUACGUCCACUUUGGGCAAGAGGGCAUUCGAGACCUGAUUAAAUUUGACGUGACAGAUGGAACAAAUGCUCUUAUAGAUCGCUACUUUUACGUGUCUAUUGGAAGCGUUGACAUAGUCUUCCCUGAUGUGGUGAGUAAGGGCGUGUCCUUGAAGGAAGGUGGCAAAGUCACUCUGACAACGGACCUGCUAAGCACGAGCGACUUGAACAGUCCUGAUGAGAACCUGGUUUUCACCAUUACCAGGGAUCCGACUCGAGGUCACUUGGAGUGCACAGAUCGAAGGGGACUGUCCAUCACUUCCUUUACUCAGCUCCAGCUGGCUGGUAACAAAAUCUAUUACAUACACACAGCUGAGGAUGAGGUCAAGAUGGACAGCUUCGAGUUUCAAGUCACCGAUGGCCGGAACCCUGUCUUCCGAACUUUCCGGAUCUCAAUCAGCGACGUAGACAACAAAAAGCCAGUGGUCACCAUCCACAACCUGGUGGUCAGUGAAAGUGAAAGCAAACUGAUCACCCCCUUUGAACUCACUGUGGAGGACAGAGACACCCCUGACAGGCUCCUAAAAUUCAUGAUCACCCAGGUCCCUGUUCACGGUCACCUCCUCUUCAACAAUACCAGAUCCGUCAUGGUUUUCACCAAGCAAGACUUGAAUGAAAACUUAAUCAGCUACAAACACGAUGGCACAGAAUCCACAGAAGACAGCUUCUCCUUCACAGUGACCGACGGCACCCACUCAGACUUCUAUGUUUUUCCUGAUACAGUGUAUGAAACUAGGAGACCUCAAGUGAUGAAAAUCCAGGUGUUACCUGUUGACAACAGUGUCCCCCAAGUUGUGGUGAACAAAGGAGCUUCUACACUUCGGACUCUGGCCACUGGCCACUUGGGGUUCAUGAUCACAAGCAAAAUACUGAAAGUGGAGGACAGAGACAGCGUGCAUUUUUCUCUCAGGUUCAUUGUGACAGAAGCCCCCCAACAUGGCUACCUUCUCAACCUGGGCCAAGGAAAUCACAGUGUCACACAGUUUACCCAAGCUGACAUUGAUGACAUGAAAAUAUGCUAUGUCUUGAGAGAGCGAGCAAAUGCCACGAGUGAUGCGUUCCAUUUCAUAGUGGAAGAUGAUGGUGGAAACAGGUUAACCAACCAGCAUUUUCGACUGAAUUGGGCGUGGAUCUCCUUUGAAAAGGAGUAUUACUUGGUCAACGAAGAUUCCAAAUUUCUAGAUAUUGUUCUUAAACGCAGAGGAUACUUGGGAGAAACUUCAUUUAUAAGUAUCAGCACGAGGGAUGGGACGGCGGAAAAAGACAGAGACUUCAAGGGUAAAGCUCAGAAACAAGUGCAGUUCAAUCCGGGACAAACCAGGGCCUCGUGGAGAGUGCGCCUCCUGAGUGAUGGGGAGCACGAGCGCUCGGAGACCUUCCAAGUGGUUCUCUCGGAGCCCGUGCUGGCAGUCCUGGAGUUCCCCACAGUGACUACGGUGGAGAUCAUCGACCCAGGCGACGAAUCAACCGUGUUCAUUCCCCAGUCUGAAUUCUCGGUUGAAGAAGAUGUGGGUGAGCUGUUCAUUCCCAUCAGGAGGAGUGGAGACAUCAGCCGGGAGCUGAUGGUGAUCUGCUACACACAGCAAGGGACAGCCACCAGCACUGUGCGGACAUCUGUGCUCUCUUACUCUGACUACAUCUCCAGGCCUGAGGACCACAGCAGUGUGAUCCGCUUUGACAAGGAUGAACGUGAGAAGAUGUGUCGUGUGGUGGUGAUUGACGACUCCUUGUACGAAGAAGAGGAGACUUUCCAGGUCCUUUUGAGCAUGCCCAUGGGCGGGAGGAUCGGUGACAAGUUUCCCGGAGCCAAUGUGACCAUCCUCACAGACAAGGAUGAUGAGCCCGCCUUCUACUUUGGGGAUACCCAGUACUCCGUGGACGAGAGUGCCAGCUACGUGGAGCUGCAGGUGUGGAGGACGGGGACCGACCUGUCUAAGCCUUCCAGUGUCACAGUGAGGUCCCGGAAGACAGAACCCCCCUCUGCAGAUGCUGGAACAGAUUACGUGGGAAUCAGUCGCAAUUUAGAUUUUGCACCUGGAGUCAACAUGCAGACUGUUCGAGUUGUCAUUCUGGAUGACCUGGGACGACCGAUACUGGAGGGAAUUGAGAAGUUUGAACUGGUACUUCGCAUGCCUAUGAACGCUGCCCUUGGCGAGCCCAGCAAGGCCACCGUGUCCAUAAAUGACUCUGCCUCAGACUUGCCUAAAAUGCAAUUCAAAGAAAGAGUGUACACUUGCAGCGAAAAUGACGGGCGCGUGGUUGCGAUGAUCUACAGGAGCGGUGAUGUCCAGCACAGGUCUUCCGUGAGAUGCUACACAAGGCAGGGCUCUGCACAGGUCAUGAUGGACUUUGAGGAACGCCCAAAUACCGACGCUUCCACUGUCACAUUCCUCCCUGGUGAGACGGAGAAGCCAUGUGUCCUUGAGCUGACAGAUGAUGAUCUCUAUGAGGACAUGGAGGAGCUGCGUCUGGUACUUGGGACACCAUGGGGCAGCUCUGCCUUUGGAGCUGCAGUCGGCGAGCAGAACGAAACCCUGAUAAAGAUCCAGGAUGAUGCUGACAAAGCCGUUAUCAAAUUUGGAGAAACCAAAUUUAGUGUCACUGAACCCAGCGGACCAGGAGAGUCGGUGGUUGUCAAAAUUCCGGUGAUCCGCCAAGGAGACACGUCAAAGGUUUCCAUCGUGAGAGUCCACACCAAGGAUGGCUCGGCUACCUCCGGAGAGGAUUAUCACCCUGUCUCAGAAGAAAUCGAGUUUAAGGAAGGAGAAACCCAACACACUGUUGAAAUUGAAGUGAUCUUCGAUGAGGUGAGAGAGAUGAGGGAGGCCUUCACUGUUCACCUAAAACCGGAUGAAAAUAUGAUAGCAGAAAUACAGGCAACCAAGGCCAUUAUAUAUAUAGAAGAAAUCAACAGCGUGGCAGAUGUCACCUUUCCUUCUGUCCCUCACAUUGUGUCCUUGCUGAUAUAUGAUGACACUUCCAAAGCCAGGGAGGACCCUGGACCUGUGUCUGGCUAUCCUGUCGUCUGCAUUACGGCCUGUAACCCCAAAUAUCCAGACUAUGACAAAACAGGCUCGAUUUGUGUCAGUGAGAACAUCAACGACACAUUGACCCGAUACAGAUGGCUGACCAGUGCUCCCGCCGGCCCGGAUGGUGUGACCAGCCCCAUGAGAGAGGUUGACUUCGACACCUUCUUCACAUCAUCCAAAAUGAUCACGUUAGACUCCAUAUACUUUCAGCCUGGCUCCCGGGUCCAGUGUGCAGCCCGAGCAGUGAACACCAAUGGGAAAGAAGGCCUGGAACUAAUGAGCCCCAUCAUCACCAUCGCCAGAGAGGAAGGUCUCUGUCAGCCCCGGGUACCUGGGGUAGUGGGGGCAGAGCCAUUCUCAGCUAAGCUGCGCUACACUGGCCCUGAGGACCCAGACUUUGCCAACCUCAUCAAGCUUACUGUCACGAUGCCUCACAUAGACGGCAUGCUUCCCAUCAUUUCCACAAGAGAGCUGUCCAACUUUGAGCUGACCCUCAGCCCUGACGGCACAAGGGUUGGCAAUCACAAAUGCUCCAACCUGCUAGACUACAAUGAAGUGAAGACCCACCAUGGCUUCCUGACUAAUGCCACAAAGAACCCGGAGGUCAUCGGAGAGACCUAUCCUUACCAGUAUAGCGUGCCGGUCAGGGGUUCCAGCACCUUACGCUUCUACCGAAACCUGAACCUGGAGGCCUGUCUGUGGGAGUUUGUCAGUUACUAUGACAUGUCGGAGCUCCUGGCUGACUGCGGAGGGACCAUCGGGACUGAUGGCCAGGUCCUCAACCUCGUGCAGUCCUACGUGACCCUUCGAGUUCCUCUGUAUGUUUCCUACGUGUUCCACUCCCCGGUGGGCGUGGGCGGCUGGCAGCAUUUCGACUUGAAGUCAGAGCUCCGGCUCACAUUCGUGUACGACACUGCCAUCUUGUGGAACCACGGGAUCGGCAGCCCCCCGGAAGCUGAGCUGCAAGGCUCUCUCUACCCAACCAGCAUGCGCAUUGGUGAGGAGGGACGCCUGGCUGUGAACUUCAAGACGGAGGCUCAGUUCCAUGGCCUGUUUGUGCUGUCCCAUCCGGCUUCCUUUGCCAGCUCAUUGAUCGUGUCAGCUGACCAUCCGGGCCUCACAUUUUCCCUCCGCCUCAUACGGAGUGAUCCAACCUAUAACCAGCCAGUCCAGCAGUGGAGUUUCGUGUCAGACUUUGCGGUCCGUGACUACUCAGGCACCUACACAGUAAAGUUGGUGCCCUGCACCACGCCAUCCAACCAGGAGUACCGUCUGCCCGUCACCUGCAACCCCAGAGAACCUGUCACCUUUGACCUUGACAUUCGAUUCCAACAGGUCAGCGAUCCAGUGGCAGCUGAAUUCAGCCUCAACACCCACAUGUAUCUGCUGUCUAAGAAGAGCCUCUGGUUGUCUGAUGGGUCCAUGGGAUUUGGGCAGGAGAGCGACGUUGCUUUUGCAGAAGGGGACGUGAUUUAUGGUCGUGUCAUGGUGGAUCCUGUCCAGAACCUUGGUGACUCCUUUUACUGCAGCAUUGAGAAGGUGUUCUUAUGCACGGGGGAUGACGGCUAUGUGCCCAAGUACAGCCCAGCAAAUGCGGAAUAUGGCUGCCUGGCUGAUUCUCCUUCACUCUUACAUAGAUUCAAAAUUGUGGAUAAGGCUCAGCCAGAGACACAAGCCACCAGCUUUGGAGAUGUCCUGUUUAAUGCCAAACUGGCAGUGGAUGACCCUGAAGCUGUUCUCUUAGUGAAUCAGCCUGGAUCAGAUGGUUUUAAAGUAGACUCGACGCCACUCUUUCAGGUUGCCUUGGGCCGAGAAUGGUACAUACACACAAUCUAUACGGUAAAGUCAAGGGACAGCGCCCAUCGAGGCCUUGGCAAGAGGAGCCUGGAGUACCAGUAUCACUCUAUAGUGCAACACGGACCGCCCCAGGCCACCACCAAGAGCUGGAAGAAGAGAGCCAUCAGGAGCACGCCCUCACUCGCAGGGGAAAUUGGUGCUGAGAACAACCGGGGAACAAAUAUCCAACACAUCUCCCUGGACCGCCGUGGCAAGAGGCUGGUCCCCCACGGAAGAAUUCCUCCUGACGGCAUCCUGCCGUGGGAGCUCAAUGGUCCCGGCUCUGAAGUGAGCCUUGUCACCAUCCUGGGAGGCAUGGCGGUAGGUUUGCUCACUGUCUGCCUGGCUGUGGCUGUGGUGGUCAUGUGUAGGAACAGAAGUGUCAAGGACAAGGAUACUCCAAAGGGCUCUGGAAGCACUGAGCCCAUGAUGCCCCCACAGAGCCACUACAACGACAGCUCGGAGGUGUGAUGACCUCUCCUCGUGUGCCUCGGGAGACAGGUCAGGAACCCCGACUGCUUGGGAGCCACAGCAGAGAACUGAGAAUUUUCUGUGACAAAGGUGCUAAGAGCCCCUGACUGUGUUAAAAGAUUUUGAUUUGAACUCUAUUGCAUCAUACAUGCAUCAAAGGACAUCUUUCCUGCUGCCCAGAAGGCAUCCUGGAUGCUUACUUAGAGCCUUGGUGGGCCAGCAGGCGCGGUGCUUCUCAUUUUGGGCAUGGGGGGAGAUGAACCUACUCAGAAGUGCUCAAAGGUGCUCAGGACUCUGUGGGAAAUCCGAGAGGGCAUAGCUAUUGCUCUAUUUUGUUAGUGUGAAAUUUGAAGGUGCUGUUAUCAUUUGUUUAUUCUUUGCAUAACUGAAAGGUUUGAAUUGGUAGUAGUCCCGAAGCGUGACAAACACUGUAAUGACAAGUUUUCUAAUUUGUGAAGACAACAUGAAACUAUGACCAGGGCUAGCUCAACCCACAAAUCACCUCUCUUACUGUUGGGAAAACAAAGAAGGAAUGACUAGAAAAAAGGAAAACUUGUUUGGAUCUCAUUGUUUCUCAUUCCCCCUCAGACCUCCUUUGUCUCAUUUGCUUAUUUAACAUUAACUUAAACCAAAGAAUAUAUUAAUUCUGAAAACGAUCUUUCAGAGACUGAUGUCUUCGGUGUAUAUUAGCAGCCAGGCUCUCACCAGCCGGCCUCACUGAUACCCAGCCUCGGUGUGGUGUGAGAGAGUUGUAGAUUUGCCGACAAAGAGACACCGUAGAGUUAGAUUGGCCACAGGACAACGUUCUCAAGAACUGAGCCUAGAUGUUUGCAGUAUUGAUCCCAUAAGUAAUGAGAAACAUCUUUACCAAAUGACCAAGGGUGAGAGUGGUAUUUAUUAACAUGCUUUGUACAACCUGAAUGCCUCUUAGGCAUGCUUUCUAGAACAGUGAUGACAAGUGACAUUAGUCUUAGAGUAACAGCCGCAGGGCAACAUCCAGAACUUAGUCAGCCACAGGAAAUCGUAUUAGGCUAAAAUCUGCCCUAAAUAAUGAGACUCUCUAUACUUGUCACUCCAGAAAUUGUCUUGGAGGCGGCCAGAGCUGUCAAUCAUUCUGUUCAGUGACUCGGGAAGAGAACAUCUCUGUUGGGCCUCCCCAGUUCAGCGAGAUGGUGCUAUGAGGUUCCUCUGGGACCUUAUCCGUAGUUUGUCACUUUGAUUGUUCACUGUGUAAAAGCUUCCUUUGCAUUGCCUAUCUCUUCAGAAGAGUGUUUUGCCCUAUGUUAGAAAUUCUGUUUAGAAGAGGAACACUUCAGCAGAGUAACGAACGGCCACCUUCCUAAAACCCAGUAAAUAUGUUUCAUACCAAAAUGAAUGCCUUUGCCUAACCCCUGGUGCUGCAUGGAGCCCCUCACACUUCAGCCACACCUGGCAGGGCUCAGCCAUCUGGUGGAGUGGAGACACUUAGAAGCAAACUUCAUCUCAGGACAUUCCUACGUCAGCAGGUGCCGGACUGUCUAUCAGUGGGUGCCUGUGAGUGCCGGACUGUCUACCAGUGGGGGGUGCCUGUGAGUUUCGGACUGUCUACCGGUGGGUGCCUGUGGGUGCCAGCCUGUCUAUCAGUGGGUGCCUGUGAGUGCCGGACUGUCUACCAGUGGGUGCCUGUGAGUGCCAGACUGUCUACCAGUGGGGGUGCCUGUGAGUGCCGGACUGUCUACCGGUGGGUGCCUGUGGGUGCCAGACUGUCUACCAGUGGGGGUGCCUGUGAGUGUCGGACUGUCUACCGGUGGGUGCCUGUGGGUGCCAGCCUGUCUAUCGGUGGGUGUCUGUGAGUGCCGGACUGUCUAUCGGUGGGUGUCUGUGAGUGCCGGACUGUCUAUCAGUGGGUGUCUGUGAGUGUCGGACUGUCUCCCAGUGGGUGCCUCUGAGCACCAGCCAUUUCUCAACUGAGAAAGGGAAGCUACACUAGUCCUGAAGGAGAAGUAUCUGAUACCUGCUUCCCUUCCCACCCAGUGUCUUUCAAGAGAUGAGACAGACUGUAGCAUCCUUGUGCUGGGGAGCUUAGCGAGUCCUAUCUGUAGCACAAAUCUCCCCCGGGGAACUCACAGGGACAGCAAGCAUUGCAAGCCCAGGGUCCAUUUGUCAGGUGGAGCAGUUCAUUAUCAUCCUUUCUUUGUUUUACCUCCAGCAGCCGCUUAGCUCCACGUUUGGCUACCUCAGAAUUUGGGAAUUACCACGAUGCCAACAGUAUAGGAACUUUCACUGCUUAGCUUUCAAUUCAUCUUUGAAGACAGUUAGAGCAGUUGUUCUCUACAGGCUGUCUGUUUCUAGUGGUUGAGAGCUUCCGAGCCUGACUACCCGUGGCCUUCAGGUCAGGAAGCAAAUAUAGCAAGGAAUGGCACAUUAUCCUGUGUUGUGGCCAGGUAGCUUCUGUACCAAAUGUUACUCAGCUGGACCUUGUUGUAGUGAAGCUGUUGUCUAUAAAUUAGCAUAUUAAGUACAAAAUAAACCUAUCCUCCCCCAAUAGAAAAUGACAGUAUUCUUUCUCUCUCCCCAUCUCUUCUUCCUCCUCUUCUUUUACUGGUAUUUUUUUCAUAAUUUUAAAAGUAUCUAUUGACUAAGUAUG